AAAGCCCUGACAAGUGAAGCUACUUCCGCCUUUAGCCGCCUCUCAUCACACAGAGACAUGACGGCAACCUUACGCCCAUACCUCAACGCGGUGCGCGCGACUCUCCAGGCCGCCCUCUGUCUGGAGAAUUUCUCCUCGCAAGUGGUGGAGAGACACAACAAACCAGAGGUGGAAGUACGGAGUAGUAAAGAGUUACUCCUCCAGCCUGUGAUCAUCAGUCGUAACGACAAGGAGAAAGUUCUGAUUGAGGGCUCCAUCAACUCUGUCAGAGUCAGCAUCGCUGUCAAGCAGGCGGAUGAGAUUGAGAAGAUUCUGUGCCAUAAGUUCAUGCGUUUCAUGAUGAUGAGAGCAGAGAACUUCUUCAUCCUGAGGAGGAAACCGGUGGAGGGCUAUGACAUCAGUUUUCUCAUCACCAACUUCCACACAGAGCAGAUGUACAAACACAAACUGGUGGACUUUGUCAUCCAUUUCAUGGAGGAAAUUGACAAGGAGAUUAGUGAAAUGAAGCUGUCUGUCAACGCCAGGGCUCGUAUUGUCGCUGAGGAGUUCCUCAAAAAUUUCUGAGAGAGAGACAGAAAACCCAGGAAUACAUUCCUUUUGCAGUCUUGGCCGUCACUGUGGAGCAUUCACAUCCCAGGGCAGAGAGGAGACACAAUAUGAUCACGCCAGAGAAGUAGAGACACAUAAGACGAACAGUUAAAUACGUACAGGCCAGUGGCGUUAUGCCCUUCAACCUUUCAAAGCCCCAUUGCUCAAAAAUAUUGAUGUUUGUACAUAAUGAAUAUUACACACACACACACACACCACAUUAAUGAAUGCCUUUAGAACAUCAGAAGUCAAGGCAGGUCCUUAAAAAAAAAAAACAUUUGUAAUCAAUAUUAGUGAGUAUAGG